UAGUGCUAGCUGUUAGAGCUCACCCUUGUCCUUGUCGCGUGUUUGUAAACGUAGGUUUAAAGCUGCCAAAGCUGCGGAGCUGAACAUUGAUUAUUUCUAGCCGUAUCUAAGGUAUCGCUUACAUGCAGCGUUAACAGUAUGCGACAGCAAGCAGGCAUGUUACUGGGCGAGGCGGUCGCGUCGACAAGCGGAAGAGCAUCACCGGCUUUGCAGCUUAUCAUCCAGCGGACUCUUUCGCUGGUUGCCAGCGGCAUCCCCUCGCCUCGCGCCGAUGUCGCGCUGCAGCUCAGCACACCCCACGGCGGGCACAUCAACCGCAUGAUCAACACCUCUGAAAGCAUUGUGGAACUGGACAGCAUCCUGUACCGCUUCAGGAAGCGGCUCAGACCGGCCAACAUCGGCGCGGCAGCGAUGCGCCUGGAGCACCUCAACCGUCUGGAGCGGCGCACGCCCUACGCGCUGAGAGUUCAGCGGGUGGCGGCGGAGCUGCAGAAGUACGUGGCCACCUACACAGACCGUCUGGCGCUGACACAGGCUGCCAACGUGCUCCGCGGGCUGAGUGCGGUGCGGCACCGGCUGCCGCCGGAGCUGGUGCUGCGGCUGGCGGCGGGCGCGGUGGCGGACGGCGGCGCGGCGCUGCGGCUGGCCCCGGACGUGGAUGUGCGCGACCUGUGCUUCGGACUGGCGGGGCAGGGCUUCAACAACACGGCCUUCUGGGCGCGCCUGUGCGCCGCGGUGCUGCCGCGCCUGCGCUCCUUCGACCCCAACACCCUGCCCGCCCUAGUCACAGCGCUGCAGGCCGCACAGCAGCUGCCUGCGCCCGCCUCCGCCUCCGCCUCCUCCGGGUCAGCAGGGUCGGCAGUAGCGGCGGCGGCUGGCGGGUCGACGCCGCAGGCUGCGGUGGCGGCGGAGGCUCUGCGGCUGCUGUCGAGGAGCGAGACGCUGGCGGCGCUGGCCCCCGCGCGGCUGGCGGACGCGGCGUCGCUGUUGGCGGGGCUGGGCCCGGCGCUGGGCGUGGCGGUGGAUGCGCGGCUCGUGGAGGCGGUGCAGACCGCCACCGCCCGUGCGCUGCCCAGCCUCAGCCCCAACCAGCUGCCGGGCCUCCUGCUGGCGGUGGCGGCACUGCGCCGCGCGGCCGCCCCUGCGGAGGCCGCCGCCGCGGCCGCCGCAACCGCGCCGCAGCAGCAACUGCCGGCGGCGCUGCUGGCGACGGCGCUGCCGCACCUGUCUGCCGGCGCCGUCACAAUGGACCUGACGGCAGUGAUGCGGGCAGCGCGGCUGCUGGCGCCGCACGCGGCGGAGCCGGCCGCCGCCGACACGCUCGUGCGGCUGGCGCGGCGCACGCUGCUGCUGCUGCCGGCCCCCGGCAGUAGCACCGGCGGCCCAACUGGCAGCGCGAGCGGCAGUAGCAGCAGCAAUGGGGAGGGCCUAGUGACGCUGAGCCGGGUGCCUCGCGGCGGCCAGGCGGCGGGGGCGGUGCUUGCGGCAGCGGCGCCGGCGGGCCAGCUCCAGGGGCGCACGGCGGGCGCGGUCGAGGGCGUGGCGCGGGCGUUUGCGGCGGCGGCUCCCGCGGUGGCGCCGCAGCCGGCGCUGGUGGGUGAGCUGGCGGCGCGGCUGGCGGCGGCGGGCGAGGCGGCUGCGGCGCGGGGGCUGUUGGACGAGGCGCAGCUGGCGUCAUUGGGCCGGAGCGUGGAGGUGCUGGCGGCGGCGGGUGCGGCCAAGAGCGGGUGACAGCACUGGGGUGACAGGGGGCACGCGGGCCACAGGAGGCAGAGUGUGGCAGGGGCGGCGGGGUGGGGCAUAGGAGAUGUCUGGAGCGGCUGUGGGCAGUGCAGCCGCUUUCGGCCUUUCGCAAUCGUUGUGGCGUUUCUGGUGGUGCCGUGGCAGGGCUUGGCUGGAGCAACUGGCGAUGCCUGAACUUGGGGGGCCCCGGCUGUGCGCUGUAUUCGAGACUGUGCUGGCGGACUCAGGCCCAUGCGUUUGACGCGUUGUGGGUCAACAGCAUGACGUACGGGGCGACGAGGGGCAUCCACAUGGAGGCUGGUGGCGAUGAUGGAGAAUGGUACGCGUGACUGGCAACUGAUGCGAUGAAGCUGAGGACGCAACGUAUGCUGUAAGUUCUGGGACAUGUAGAGGGCAACCUUCACCGUGUGCUGCAGCACGCUCUCCUAUUGGAUAGGACGCGCCUCGCCUCGGAUGCUCCCGGUCGAGGGCGAGGGCAGGCUGGUAAUG